UCUAUUAUGUAGGCUAACUAAAUAAGAGUGCAGUGUAUGUAUGUACAAAAUUUGUUUUGUGAUGCUAUACAUUUUGUCUGACUAUUUUACCCCAAAUACCUUGAGGGAAAUUAUAAGUGUUCAGGUGUAUUUGAGUUACUACCCCAAGUAUCUUGAGGGAAAUAAGUGUUCAGGCGUAUUUGAGUAAAUAUUUUCCAGUCGUUCUUUUUACGAAUUAAAAUCCUGUACAAGAAUGUACCACCUGUAAAACUUAACAACUUAGAAAUGGUUCUUGUUGUAACAUGUGGUCCUGACGCCCCUGUUAACAGCUGAAUGGUACGUUCCAGUGAAUAGCGCUCAUUGUAAGAUCAGGGAGCGGCAGGGGUAGAAUCACGUCUGAGCAGCGGCGCAGACGGAGCGGGAUGGUGAGUGACAUGAUGAGACUUGUGGAUUGACAAAAGAAAACGCGGACAUUAUCACUCUUAUGUGUUUCUGGAUCUACUUCAUCUUUUCAGCAUACCAAGAACUGAACAUGUGGAUGUCAAUAACAGGAUCGGACACUUUUGGCGAAACUCGUGAAUAAGAAAUAUUUGUGUUUAAGAUUUAAGCGACGAUAAACGUACGGCUUUGACGCACACGAGAAAAACUCUUGUUCGCCGUUUUGGAUUUCGACUUUAAGUAAAAACUUCAAGGUCCAGGAAGAUAUACCACACAAGAAUGUAGAACAAAAGACAACGAAAGAUGUGAUAGCUUACUUCAUAUGGGAGAAUCGUCUGAAGAGCGCUAACUUUCCUUACACCGCCGUAGAAGGAGAGACACAUUCCUGCUACCUCCGCAAAACGCGCGAGCUCGGAUUAGUUUGAUUUGCUUGAACUGGAAAUAAAGCAAAUAAACAUGUGUAAUUUGACUCUCUGCCUUUUGCUCUUCCUCACGGCUUCAAGCUCAUCUUCCUGCCCUGUCCAUUGCGUGUGUGAAACCACAAUAGUGAACUGUGUAAACCAAGGCUUGAGAUCCAUCCCACAACCUCUUCCUGAAGACAUCACCACACUUAACAUCAAUGGAAACAAUAUAAGGAAUCUAAACAAUGAAUCAUUCCCAAGCCCUCUAGAGCAUUUAACAAGCCUUAAUGUGUCUGGAAGCCAAGUGGAGCAGUUCAACACUAUGGUGUUUGCUAACUUGCCAAGUCUUCGUUUCCUUGACCUCAGCAACAAUUCAAUUGUACAUUUUAGUGCUGAGGCUUUUUCUCAAGACAAUAAGGUAGAGGUUCUGAACCUCAGCAGAUCCUUAUACAAUUAUUCGUAUGUAGGUGUUUUUGCAAAUCUUUUCAAACAGAGCUUACCUAAAGUUUCCAAUCUUGAUUUAUCCAACAACAAACUGGUUCUCCUUCCAGAAGGCACAUUCAUAGGUUUGUUGAACCUCACUGUUUUAGAUUUGAGGAACAACUCCCUUGUUUCAAUAACUAAUGGCACGUUUCAGAACCGCGCACUUAAAAAGUUGGACUUACGUGACAAUGCAUUUAAAGACCUGCCAAAUGGUACUCUUGCAGACCUCUGUUUAAUUCCUGAUUUGAGAGUGAGGCUUGCAGGAAACCCCUGGCGUUGUGAUUGUAAUAUUGAGGACAUGUUGAUUUGGUUGAAGAGAUAUGAUUUUGUAGUUGACAAAUUAAAAAUGACCUGUUCUGCUCCGGCAGGGUUGAAAAAUGUCUCACUUUUACAGCUAAAACAAUCACAACUUCCAUGCACCUACACUGGUGAUUUAAAGGGUGUUCUGGAGACCUCCUAUGUCUUCCUGGGGAUGGUUCUUGCCCUCAUUGGAGUCAUCUUCCUGCUUGUCCUUUACCUCAACAGAAAAGGCAUCAAGCGGUGGAUCUACAAUAUCCGGGAUGCCUGCAGAGACCAUAUGGAGGGGUACCAUUACAGAUAUGACAUCAACUCAGACACACGGCUAGCCAACCUCAGCCUCAAUUCAGAUGUGUGAGGAGACAUGAAAUUAUUUAAGUAGCUUUGUAUGAAUAUACACAUAUAUGUGUAGAGUUUGCUGUGACAUGCAUUCUUUCUCAUCAGACAGAUUUAACUGGAUUUUGCAGGGUCAACCCUGUUAUGCUCGCUAAAUCUAAUUGAUACAUGCUGAUGUGUUGCCAUAAUGUUGUCCAGUGGUGCAUGAAUCGAGAACCAAUUUUUAUAAGGAAAGGACUGAAUUGGACUGUGGAGGUUAUCUCAUAAUCUGACAAAAUGCAUGCAUAACACAAACUAUUAUUCAUUUUACGUUUUUUUUUUCCUUAAAUUGAAUUUUUUACUAUUCAAACUGCCAUGCAUGUGUUUAGUAUUUUUCAUCAAUGUAUAAUAAAAUAGUAAAGCUA